AUGAAGAAGCUCCUGAGUGCUGCCGCCCUGUCGCUGGCCAUCAGCGACGUCUCGGCCCACUACAUCUUCCAGCAGCUCGCCAUCAACGGCAACAAAUAUCCUGUCUACAAGUACAUCCGCAAGAACACCAACCUUAACCAUCCAGUCAUCGACCUCGACUCCAAUGACCUGAGGUGCAACGUUGGUGCGAGCGGCGCGGACACCGAGACCAUCACUGUCCGGGCUGGUGACACUUUCACUUUCUAUACCGACACCCCUGUCUAUCACCAGGGCCCGAUCUCGGUAUACAUGUCUAAGGCUCCUGGGAAGGCCUCAGACUACGACGGCAGCGGUGGCUGGUUUAAGAUCAAGGAUUGGGGCCCGACCUUCAACGGCGGUUCUGCAACCUGGCCUCUGACUGACAACUACUCGGGCACCAUCCCUUCCUGCAUCCCCGACGGUGACUACCUGUUGCGCAUCCAGUCCUUAGGCAUCCACAACCCCUGGCCUGCGGGCAUUCCCCAGUUCUAUAUCUCCUGUGCUCAAAUCACCGUGACAGGCGGCGGCAACGGCACUCCUGGUCCCCAGGUUCUUAUUCCAGGAGCCUUCAAGGAAACCGAUCCCGGCUAUACCGUCAACAUCUACACCAACUUCAAGAACUACACCGUCCCCGGCCCGGAAAUCUUCUCCUGCAACUACAACGGCCCGGUCCCGUCCUCUCCCAGCAACCCCUCCAACCCGAGCAACCCAACCACCAGCUCAAACAGCCCCAACUUGCCUGUGACUACAACCCUGAUCACGUCGACGACCAAGUCCCCGGUCACCACGACGACGAGCAGUACCCGGCCGGUCUGCACGCCUGUUGCAAAGUGGGGCCAGUGCGGCGGCAUUGGGUACACGGGUUGCACUGAAUGCGCGGGGUCGACUUGCACGAAGAUUAAUGACUGGUAUCAUCAGUGCAUCUAA